AUGGCAAAUGGCAACUCAAUUAGGAGUACUUUGAAUUUUUCAAUACUGUUAAUUGCAGUAAUUGCAUUUGAAGUUGGAGAUGCAGUAACAGUUGUAAUUAAGAAUGAUAUAUGGCCAUUUCACACAGAACUCACCGUUCAUUGCAAAUCUAAAAAUGAUGAUCUUGGAUUUCACACCCUCAAAUUUGGUGAAACUUACAUGUUUUCUUUUACGCCAUUAGUGUUUCCACCAACUGGAAAUACCUUAUUUUUCUGCAGCUUUACAUGGCCAGGAAGACCCUACCGUCAUUAUCUCGACAUUUAUGAUCAAACCAAAGAUGCCUGCGGAACUUGUAAUUGGAAAAUUAGUCAAACUGGCGGUUGUAAAUCUGACAACCAAGGUCCUGAAACUUGUCAAGACUGGAAAAGUAUUGAGAUAUAG